AUGGCUGCCAAGCUGACCCGCCUCCACAGCCUGAGGGAGCGCCUUGGUGCCACCUUCUCCUCCCAUCCCAAUGAGCUCAUUGCACUCUUUUCCAGGUAUGUUCACCAGGGCAAGGGCAUGCUUCAGCGCCACCAGCUGCUUGCUGAGUUUGACGCCCUGUUCGAAUCCGACAAGGAGAAGUAUGCACCGUUUGAGGACAUCCUCCGUGCUGCGCAGGAAGCAAUUGUGCUGCCCCCAUGGGUUGCACUUGCCAUCAGGCCCAGGCCUGGUGUCUGGGACUACAUUCGGGUGAAUGUUAGUGAGCUCGCUGUGGAAGAGCUGACUGUUUCUGAAUACUUAGCAUUCAAGGAGCAGCUUGUCGACGAGCAUGCCAGCAGCAAGUUUGUGCUAGAGCUUGAUUUUGAGCCUUUCAAUGCCUCCUUCCCGCGCCCUUCCAUGUCCAAGUCCAUCGGAAACGGGGUGCAGUUCCUUAACCGUCACCUGUCUUCCAAGUUGUUCCAGGACAAGGAGAGCCUCUACCCACUGCUCAACUUCCUGAAAGCCCAUAACUACAAGGGCACGACAAUGAUGUUGAACGACAGAAUUCAGAGCCUUCGUGGUCUCCAGUCAGCCCUUAGGAAGGCAGAAGAAUAUCUAGUUAGCAUUCCUGAAGACACCCCCAGCUCUGAAUUCAACCACAGGUUCCAAGAGCUUGGCUUGGAGAAGGGUUGGGGUGACACCGCAAAGCGGGUACACGACACCAUCCAUUUGCUUCUGGACCUUCUUGAGGCCCCUGAUCCUGCCAGCUUGGAGAAGUUCCUUGGAACUAUUCCGAUGAUGUUCAAUGUUGUCAUCCUGUCACCGCAUGGAUACUUUGCUCAAUCCAAUGUGUUGGGAUACCCUGAUACCGGUGGCCAGGUUGUGUACAUCUUGGAUCAAGUCCGGGCUUUGGAGAAUGAGAUGCUUCUGAGGAUUAAGCAGCAAGGCCUUGAUAUAACUCCCAAGAUCCUCAUUGUAACCAGGUUGUUGCCUGAUGCUGUUGGAACCACAUGUGGCCAGCGGCUGGAGAAGGUCAUUGGAACUGAGCACACUGACAUUCUCCGUGUUCCAUUCAGAACUGAGAAUGGGAUCCUCCGUAAGUGGAUCUCGCGUUUUGAUGUCUGGCCGUACCUGGAGACAUACACCGAGGAUGUUGCAAACGAACUCAUGAGGGAAAUGCAGACCAAGCCUGAUCUCAUCAUUGGUAACUACAGUGAUGGUAACCUUGUGGCCACUCUGCUUGCACAUAAAUUGGGAGUUACCCAGGUUGGUUUUGUUGUACUGUAUAUGAGAGCCUUGUUUUUUGUUUUGUUUUUGAUUAGCGAAAAUACUUAUGGUUUCUUGUCUACACGAAUACAGUGCACCAUUGCCCAUGCCUUGGAGAAAACCAAGUACCCCAACUCAGACAUAUAUUUGGACAAAUUUGACAGCCAGUACCACUUUUCAUGCCAAUUCACAGCUGACCUGAUUGCCAUGAACCACACUGAUUUCAUCAUUACCAGCACAUUCCAGGAAAUCGCUGGAAGCAAGGAUAGCGUGGGCCAAUAUGAGUCUCACAUUGCUUUCACCCUUCCUGAUCUGUACCGGGUUGUCCAUGGGAUUGAUGUGUUUGAUCCUAAGUUCAACAUCGUCUCUCCUGGAGCAGACAUGACUGUCUACUUCCCAUACACCGAGACUGACAAGAGGCUCACUGCCUUCCACUCUGAAAUUGAGGAGCUCCUGUACAGCGAUGUUGAGAACGAUGAACACAAAUUUGUGUUGAAGGACAGGAACAAGCCAAUCAUCUUUUCAAUGGCCCGUCUUGACCGUGUGAAGAACAUGACUGGCUUGGUUGAGAUGUACGGCAAGAAUGCUCAUCUGAAGGAUUUGGCAAACCUUGUGAUUGUUGCUGGUGACCAUGGCAAGGAGUCCAAGGAUAGGGAGGAGCAGGCUGAGUUCAAGAGGAUGUACAGUCUCAUUGAGGAGUACAAGCUGAAGGGCCAUAUCCGUUGGAUCUCUGCUCAGAUGAACCGUGUUCGCAAUGGUGAGCUGUACCGCUACAUCUGUGACACCAAGGGAGCAUUUGUGCAGCCUGCAUUCUAUGAAGCAUUUGGCCUGACUGUCAUUGAGGCCAUGACAUGUGGUUUGCCGACAAUUGCGACAUGCCACGGUGGCCCUGCUGAAAUCAUUGUGAACGGGGUGUCUGGCCUGCACAUUGAUCCUUACCACAGCGACAAGGCCGCAGAUAUCCUGGUCAACUUCUUUGAGAAGUGCAGCGAGGAUCCAAGCUACUGGGACAAAAUGUCUGAAGGAGGCCUGAAGAGAAUUUAUGAGAAGGUACACCUGGAAGCUGUACUCAGAGAGGCUGAUGACCCUGACCGGCGUGUAUGGGUUCUGGAAGUACGUGAGCAACCUGGAGAGGCGCGAGACUCGCCGUUACCUGGAGAUGUUCUACGCUCUGAAGUACCGCAGCCUGGCUGCUGCAGUUCCAUUGGCAGUUGA